CGACGUGACCGCAGCAAACCGAGUUCCUGAGCGAGUCUGCUUAGGAGCGUUAGUGAUAUGACUGGCUCGAUGUGCAGCCAAGAGAAGUGAAUAAGAGGAACAAGCCCUGUGUCCGCAUCCCAGGUAACAACGACACACCAGAUCUCAGCCAACCUCAGCGUUUCUAUCGCCAUGCCUAGUACCACAACUCCUCGCGUACCUGCUGGGUGGACUGCUGAGAACGAGGCGCUGUAUAUCAGGCCGGCGGUUGGCUCCGAGUCCGACAUGGCCUGGGCAGCCCGUGCUCUCGACGGAGAAUGGGAUUGCUGCCUCGGUUUCGCACUCACCACGAAUAUCCCCGACCUCCCCAGUGCUGUUACAGAGGGAUUGGCCCGUUUGAGAUUCUUCACUCCUCUCAUUGCGGCGGACAUACAGCCCCGCGCGGAGUUUCCAGACAAGCUGUUCUGGGUCUACAGGCCAAUGAAAAGCAAGGAAGAUGCCCUCGCGUGGGCCAAGGCAACCCUCACUGUGCACGAGACUACUGCAACAGACCAACAAAUGAUCAACACUAUUCUCGACAUCAAGCUUCCCUACCACGUCCAAGACGGACACGACCAAAUUUUCGGCUGUCACCUCGUUCUGCGUCCAAACGGUGAACAUGCUCUAUUCAUGCAUGGGACGCAUGCUCUACUCGAUGCGCGUCCCUGUUUGAACGCCUUCCGGCGCCUGUUCCAAGUAAUCGUUCAUCGUGACAAGGAACCCUCUCUAGAUGAGCUCGUAUAUGGCGUCGAAGUCUCCAGUCUUCCUGUAGAUCUCGUGCAUAAUGUUGGCCUGGAUCGACUGGAAGCGGCGAAGGCGAGCGGAGUUCGGCUGCCGGAGCAGCUCGACAAGACCCGGGGUUCGAUCGGAUUUGCUCCUCAAAGGGAAAAGGCCACUGUGCACGCUCGCCGUGAGCGUGUCGGUGCCAGUAUCGACGCUGAGAAGACCGCCCGCUUGCUAGCCGCCUUGAAAGCAGAGGGAUUCACCGCGAGCCUACUUUGCGAUGCAGCGCUUGCCCUUGCGACGAUUAAGUAUAAUGCCCACCUCGGCGAUGACUUGCAAUAUAUUCACGAGGUUACCGUAAUCUCUCUUCAGAGAUACUUCCCGGCCGAUUAUCCCACGAAGCAACACUUCGCGUCAAGUAUACUCUACGUUCCUCUCGGUGUCUCUACACGUAGCAUCAACAGAGAAAAGCCCCUUCGCGAUCAGCUCAUCGAGACCAUGUCUAUCCUGCGCAAAGAAUACAACACCUACCUCGAGCAACCGUCCUUGCCCUUCAUCAAUAUCGUGGGUGGUAUUAAUCCAUAUCAAGGGAAAGUAGACCCCCAUCGCCCUGUCUUCACCAACAUCGGGGUUAUCGAAUCCUUCGUUCCGCCCAUAUGGGGUGGAAAGGACGGCGAGCCGCAUUUAGAGCUCCUGGAGCUGAAGUUUGGACAUCGCAUCACCGUUACUCCAUCCCCAGUCCUGCAUGCGUGGACGUUCCGAAAUGUACACCAUUGGCAGAAUCAAUCCAUGGACAUAUAUGAUCCGGAGUCCUUACAGGCGUUCCUCGACGAAGUCAUCGCAACCAUGCUGACUAUUGCGGAAUAACAACAGAACUAGUGCACGCUUUACCAAUUAGUAGUUCUUAGAUUUGAGGUGUACUGGUACUUCAGGGCACAAUGUUGAAGCAGAAAUAUGCCAUAAAUUUGUAUUCCAGUCAUGAUUACUGCUCCAACGAACGGAGAGAGCUUUGUUAAU